AUGGGAGUUUUGACAAUUACAGAGUGGUCGACUGGGAAAGGCACAUUGGUUUAUUGUAUUUCCCUCAUUCAAACAAUUAUCAUUGAUGACAAUGAUAAUAAACCAGAAGAUAUUCGUAACGUAUCAAAAUGUUCACACUUUGCUUUAACAAUUGAAAAACAGGCUCGUGACAUAACUUUUGAAAUGCUUCAAAGUGGUGAGUGGAAAAAGGCCAACUUUAAAAAUUAUAAUUUUGAUGCUCUUGGUAUACCACCACCAGGCGGUCAUUUACAUCCUUUAAUGAAAGUUAGAGAAGAAUUUCGAAAUAUCUUUUUUGAGAUGGGAUUUGAAGAAAUGCCAACAAAUAGAUUUGUUGAAUCAUCUUUUUGGAAUUUUGAUGCACUUUUCCAGCCUCAACAACAUCCAGCUCGUGAUGCUCAUGACACUUUUUUCUUAAAAGAUCCAGAAAUCACUACAAAAUUUCCAACUGAUUAUCUUCAACGUGUCAAAGAAGUACACUCAGUUGGUGGUUAUGGAUCAAUCGGAUAUAAUUAUGAUUGGAAGAUUGAAGAAGCACAAAAAUUAAUUUUGAGAACUCAUACAACAGCAGUAUCUUCUUAUAUGUUGUAUAAUCUUGCUCAACAAAAAGAAUUUAAACCAGCUAAAUAUUUUUCAAUAGAUCGAGUCUUCAGGAAUGAAACUGUUGAUGCAACUCAUUUGGCUGAAUUUCAUCAGGUGGAAGGUGUUAUUGCAGAUAAAGGAUUGACUUUGGGUGAUUUGAUCGGCUUCAUGAACACUUUCUUUGGAAAGAUGGGUGUUACCAAUUUACGUUUUAAACCUGCUUAUAAUCCUUAUACUGAGCCAAGUAUGGAAAUCUUUUCAUAUCAUCAAGGAUUGGGUAAAUGGGUAGAAAUUGGAAAUUCAGGAAUGUUUCGACCUGAAAUGUUGGAACCAAUGGGUUUAGACCCUGAUGUUCGUGUUAUUGCUUGGGGAUUGAGUUUAGAAAGACCUACAAUGAUAAAGUAUAAGAUUGACAAUAUAACAGAGCAAUUAAUAAAUUAG